AUGGGUAAAAACGGAAAAUUUGGUAAGGACUAUGGCAAAGUGGUUGGUAAAGACCAUGCUGGACGUCCAGGAUGGAAAGGUCCAGGAUUUACCAAAAAAGCCGAACCAAAACCCAAGAAGACGGAGCCAGAAGAGGAGAAAGAUGUACCUAAAGAAUCUCUUCUUCCUGCAAAAUUACAGCAACUUCUAUUGAAUGUUUUCAGAGACACAUAUUCGGAUGUCAUCAAUUCUGAUGAUUUUCAUCAGCUGCUGCAAGAUGUUAAAGGAGCUUUAUACGAUAGAGACUUUAGUCGUGCGUUUGGCAAAGAAGAAUAUCUCGAAGUCUAUUCUGCAAGAUGGUCACCUAGCAGAUCAUUAUGUUAUGCUUCGAUUCUUUUGGAUCUUCAAGAACAUCUUGGGGAAAUUAUGCCACGUGACGAGAGCGCUCAGAUGGGAGUCGAAUCCGAGGUAGCGAACGACACGCCAUCCACGACUUCUUCUAGGUCAAAAUCACGAGUUGUCUCCUUUGGUGGAGGAGCAGCAGAAGUCAUCGCAUUUGGAGGGUUUUUAAAGCAUGGAUUCAAAGCUUCAAUCACGGAAACGACCUCAGACACCACUGAUGAAGCAAUGGCUUCUCUCAAUUUAUCCGACGUAAAUGAUAAUAUCGAAUUGCUACUCGUCGAUACAGCAUCUUGGGCAAAUAUUAUUAACAAACUUCACACCAGCAUCAUAACUCCUCCGCCAAUAUCGAAAGACCAAAGUUGGAACAGAAGAGAAGAAAUAUCCAAUGAAGUUUCUGCUUGA